CAAGACAAAAGAAACAUAGGACAGAGAAAAGACCCACAACUCCAUGAAGAAAGAAACACAUCUUUUCUAAUUUUCUGGCAUAGAGAAGUUCAGAAAAACUGGAACCUUCUGACGAGGACGGAUAUUUGCAAAAACUGACUUAAGGAUGCAGGACGGGAGAUGGAAUGACACACUCCCCCUCUCUCUGCUGAUGAAAGAGGCAUGUCCUCCAGGGGGCGUGUCCUUGGAGGGGGAUGGGGGCAUGCUUUCGUUGCCACCUCUUGAUGGCGAGGUUUACUUGGACUCAAUGGCUGAGCUAGAGAGUGGGGACGGGGACUUUCCAGAACUUUCUGCUUUCCUGAGCCAGGAUGAGAUCAGCCUCAGUCUGGACCUGGCUCGAGAAGCCAUGAGUGACGCAGGUGACCCAAAUGACCAAGAUGAACACCCCGUUCCCACAGAGCACCUGCCCCUUUACUCAGAAACCAAAGACCCCAUUCUCCCAGAUUCAGCAUCUCAGUCAACUGACGCCACAUCAGGUAAAGUCACAUCCAAUCAGAGCAUGCCGCUCAGCAGGCCUAACCAGCUCUGCACUGCUCCUGAAUCACCCGAAAAGUUUGUCUGUCAAAAAUCCAUCACACCAGUAUAUAAGCAGGACCGUCCCCGGCUGGUCCACGGAGGCCUGGAGCUUAACGAACGAGCUGCUUCAGCUACUGAGUUCUGCAGCCGAGCUGCUACCUUCAUUGAAGAGCUCUCUUCCAUCUUCAAAGGCUCCACACGUGUGGACCUGCAAGGUGAUGAAGACUCCUCUUCACCUGACAGUGGCUACUUGUCUCCAAGGAGCCAGCGGCUGGCCAUGCUGCAGGCUCAGCCACCUUCAUCAUCUUCAUCUUUCUCUGAGCCCCAGCAGGAAGGUAUGCACCAGGUUCGGGCUGAUGUUGGGUCAGAUGAGCAUCAGGGCCGAGGGGUUAGUCUAGAUGGACCCAAGAGUCCUCCACGCUUCACCCAGAAACUGAAGAGCCAGGAGGUGGCAGAAGGAAGCCCUAUCCGCCUUGAAUGCAGAGUGACUGGAAACCCCCUUCCACUAGUCAGGUGGUUUUGUGAGGGGCGGGAGCUGCACCACUGCCCUGAUAUCCAGAUCUGUCGUGAUGGUGACCUGCACACUCUGGUGAUAACUGAAGCAUUUGAAGACGACACCGGCAGGUACACCUGUGUAGCUUCCAACGCACUGGGAGCAGACAACACCUCUGCAGAGGUCUAUAUUGAAGGUGCUUCUUCUUCAGACUCAGAAGGUGAAGGAUCCGUGUCGAAGUCUAGGUCCGGAGCCAUGCCACAUGACAUCAUCGCACCCAUUUGGGAUUACGCUUUCACUGGCUCUAAAGUCAUUUAUAAGGUCCAGAGUCCAGUUUCUUCACUCUAUGCUGGUGAUGGUCCUGUUAAAGCGCCCCCUACCAUUACUAAGAUGUUGCAGGACGCGCAGGCAUCUGAAGGUCAGGUGGUGGUUCUAGAGUGCCGGGUGAGAGGUAGUCUUCCUCUGCAGGUUCAGUGGUUUCGAGAGGGCCAGGAGAUCCAGGACUCCCCUGACUUCCGAAUCCUGCAGAAGAAGCCAAGAUCAGCAGCAGAACCCGAGGAAAUCUGUACGUUGGUGAUUGCAGAGGCAUUCCCUGAAGACGGAGGUCUGUUUUGCUGCACUGCAACCAACCAAUACGGCUCAGUUAAUAGCACGGCACAACUCACUGUCACCCCAGUUGCUGAAGAGUUGCCCAGCAAUAGUGUAUAUGGGGAUGACAGUGUGUUCGAGGACAACCAAUCAUUCCCACCUCCACCUCCUCCACCAACUGAGAUUAGUUUGUUGGAAGUCCCACCCAAAACCCCGCAGAGUGCUGAAGCCUUCCAGAUCAAUGAGCUGGACAUCUGGCCCAGCGUCACCGCGCUGCCUGUUCAGGUCUCCGCAGAUAAAGAGCCUCAGGAAAGUGUUCCUGACAAACCUCUACAAAAUGGUCAGGCCUUAAACAAGCCACCAGAUGAGAGUCUACAGUCACCUUCAAGCGUGACGGAAACGGCAGCUCCGCCUCCAUCGCCUUCAGCGGUUAAGGCUCCACCUCUCCCCACCAAACCCAAACCUAAACUAUCAAAUGAGCAAGCAGACGACCUCUCAAAUGAAAGGAAACAAUCCACCCCUCCGCCCUUUCUCAGCUCCAGCACUCUAUCCUCUCCUGCUGGCUUGCCACAAGACUUCCCUCCUCCACCUCCACCGCCUCCUCCACCUGUCACGUCAAGCCCCACUCGCUCAGACACCUCCUCGCCCUUCAAGUCCACUCCACAGUCACCAGCCGGGUUUCUGGUGUCGGUGCUUCCAGCCACACCACCUCCACCACCAGUGAAUGCUUUGGGGCUGCCCAAGGGUAACGGCACAGUGGCUUUGCCACGUAAGACUACACCCCGCACACCACGCAUCAUCUCUGAUUCAGAGAUCCAGGGCUCCAAAGAUGCUGUCAUACAAGACCUGGAGAGAAAACUACGCUUCAAAGAGGAGAGACUGAGCAAUGGACAGCAGAGGUUAACCUAUGAGGAGAAGAUGGCUCGCAGACUGCUGGGUGCUGACAAUGCUGCCACAGUGUUUAACACACAGCAGGUGGAGGAGGAGCCAGUCACACAGGAAGGCAGCUCAACUGACUCAGAGUCUGUCCCUCAAAAGGAGUAUAAAGUGUCCAGCUUCGAGCAGCGGUUGAUCAGCGAGAUCGAGUUCCGUCUGGAGCGCUCGCCUGUGGAGGAAUCUGACGAUGACGUUCAGCAUGAUGAAGACACUCCCGGAGAGGUCGCACCGUUCUUCGAUCAGAAGCUCAAGCAUUACAAGGUCUUCGAAGGAAUGCCUGUGACCUUCAGCUGCCAGGUCAUCGGCAACCCAAAGCCAAAGGUGUACUGGUUUAAGGACGGAAAGCAGAUCUCAAAGCGCAGUGAACACUACCGUAUCAGUCGUGAUCCAGACGGCACAUGUUCCCUGCACACAGCGGCUGCCUCGCUAGAUGAUGAUGGGAACUACACCAUUAUGGCAGGCAACCCAGCGGGGAGAGUGAGCUGUACUGGAAGGAUGAUGGUCCAGGCUGUUAACCAAAGGGGGAGAAGUCAGCGCUCCACACCUGGACAUAUCCGCAGACCACGCUCAAGGUCCAGAGACAGCGGUGAUGAGAAUGAGAAUAUUCAGGAACGUCACUUCCGCCCACAUUUUCUGCAGGCCCCCGGUGACCUUAUUGUGCAGGAGGGUAAACUCUGCCGCAUGGACUGCAAGGUAAGUGGCCUGCCAACACCUGACCUCAUCUGGCAGCUGAAUGGCCAGACCAUCCGUCCAGACCCCUCCCACAAGAUGCUGGUGAGGGAGAACGGGGUUCACUCAUUGGUCAUUGAGCCUGUCACUAGCAGAGAUGCAGGAGUUUACACGUGCAUCGCCAGCAACAGAGCUGGACAGAACUCAUUCAACCUAGAGCUCAUUGUUGCAGCCAAAGAGAUGCAUAAAGCUCCAUGUUUCAUUGAGAAACUCCAGAACACAAGUGUCGCUGAGGGGCACCCAGUGCGUCUAGAGUGCCGUGUGUCUGGAGUCCCAUUCCCACAGAUCUUCUGGAAGAAAGAGAACGAGUCCUUCACUCAUAACACCGACAGGAUAAGCAUGCACCAGGACAACUUUGGUUACCUCUGUAUGAUCAUCCAGCCGACUCUGAAGGAAGACGCAGGCUGGUACACAGUUUCAGCUAAGAACGAAGCUGGCAUCAUCUCCAGUACAGCACGUCUCGACGUACACGCCCAGUGGCAGCAGACUCACACCCCGAAGCCCAAGAAGGUGCGUCCAUCAGCGAGCCGCUACGCCGCUCUGACAGAACGGGGUCUGGAUGUGAAGGCAGCCUUCUUCCCAGACUCCAAUCCUCUUCCUCCUGGCACCCUAGUGGAGAGUGACGACCUGUAGAGACUAGCAUGGAGGAUCUGACCUUCGAACCCCAAUCCCUUGAUCCAGCGUACUCCAUAAUCCCCACCCAUUUCCCAACAAAACCCUCUUGCUGGGGUCAGAUGAAAAAGUGAUCGAUUGGCUUUGAAUAGCGAUCUAAGCAUUUCCUCAGAGAUUUGGAUUGUUGGUAUUAUCACUUCUUCUCCGUCUGAGGAGGACCAUUUGCUUUACUCUUAUUUCAGUUGUUUUCUGAGGGGAAGUGAUGUGGGUGCUUAAGUGAGGUCAUAUCCUGCUUGUAAACAGACUUGAUGGUUCGCUGGCGCACUUAACACACACACACACACACACACACACACACACACACACACACACACACCC